CACCUAGGCUAUCAAUAGCCGACGAGGCGCGAGAACCGACGACCACCGGCUGCUCGCCGUCUCUCUCUAGCUCGGGGGGCACGCGCGCGCGGGAGACAGAGACCAGCCGAUCGUCAGGCGGCCAGCAGCAGCAGGGGCCGGCAGCCAGCCAUGGGCAAGCACGGCAAGUGCAGCCACGACAUCGAGGCGUGCUACCCGCCGGGGGCCGACGGCGGCAUGUACCCGUACAUGAUGGAGAGCCCGCAGCUUCGGUGGGCCUUCAUCCGCAAGGUGUACGCGAUCGUCUGCCUGCAGCUGCUGCUCACGGUGGCCGUCGCCGCCGCGGUCAACCUCGUCGGCCCCAUCGCCGACUUCUUCCUCUCCCGCACCAUUGGCGCCAUCGCCGCCACCAUCGCCGUCAUCAUCUUCCCCAUCCUCGUGAUGAUUCCGAUGAUCAUUUACCGGAAGCGGCACCCGGUGAACCUCGUGCUCCUGGCGCUCUUCACCGUCGGCAUCAGCUUCGCCGUGGGGCUCAGCUGCCUGUCGGCGAAGGGCCCCGUCAUACUGGAGGCGGUGGUGAUCACCAUGGUGGUGGUGCUGGGGCUCACCGCCUACACCUUCUGGGCGGCCAAGCAAGGCUACGACUUCGAGUUCCUGGGGCCAUUCCUGGUGGCCGCCGUCCUCAUCCUCAUGCUCUUCGGCCUCGUGCGGAUCCUCUUCCCGCUGGGGAAGACGGGGACCAUGGUGUACGGCUGCAUCGCCGCGCUCGUCUUCUCCGGCUUCAUCAUCUACGACACCGACAACCUCAUCAAGCGCUACUCCUACGACGAGUACGUCAGCGCCGCCAUCGAGCUCUACCUCGACAUCAUCAACCUCUUCCAGGCCAUACUCGCCAUACUCGAAGGCGUCGACUGAUAAGACGGCCGGCUGAUGACUGAGCAUAUAUACAUAGGAUCGUACCAUAUGUAAUCUAAGCUACCACUGCAACUUGCAGGGCAAUCUGUAAUGUAAUCCAUAGAUAGAGUCGAGCGGCACCGCCAUGAUUGAACAUUACAACCAACGAAAUAUUGCCAAUCCAAUUCAUUA